UCCAUCAAGUCAAUUCGUGCAUCAAUUGACUCGCUUUCGUCAAAUUCACAUUUCCCUCACCCCAGCAGGUCACUCACAGUCCUCCACGCACCUAUCACAGCUCCCAACAGGGGUGAUCUCUCCGUACGAUCGUGCGCCUCUCACCUAGAAAUGGCCUGCUCGCGGUUCAUUCCCCUCCUCGGGCUGCUCUGUAUCGUGCUGUGCGUCGCUUCCGCGCACGCACAAGCCCCAGCGAAGCCAACCAAGGCGCAAAUAAAGGCGGAGCUGCAGAACAUGGCGAACGCCAUCACCAAGAAAUUCCCGCAGUACGCGAAAUACGCCAAGGACAUCAACAAGUACAUCGGCCUCGCACUUAACUCCAAGUACGAUUUUACAGCGCUCAGCGACGCGACCCUCCUGCUCCCCAGUGACACAGAGGCAGAGGCCCUCGCUAAGAAGGUUCCCGCUAAGAGCUCCAACAUUCCCAAGAUCUACAACAUCACGGCGUACCACAUCAUCCGCAAGAAGUACACCGUUCCCGCGCUCAAGGUGCUCAAGAAGUCGCAGCCUCUGGGCACGCAGCUGAAGCAGGCGAUGUACAAGGUUUCGCAGCAGAAUGGUAACACAGUUUCCUUCGCCAAGACCCCCAACGCGCCCCCUGCUGCCUGGACCACCAUCAAGAUCGUCCGGCUGUACGCUGGGCCGUACUUCAUCGCCCACGGCGUGGAUAAAGUCCUGGUUCCCACUAAUACCAGGGUGUAAAACGUUCAGGCGUUCGGAAUAUCCUAGAUGAGAGGCCUCACUGAGUUCCCCGGUCCCCAGUUGACAGUCAGUCAUGCUGCUGGUUCAACCUCUGAACUAGUGGUGACUGGAGGUCAACUAGGCAUCAGGAGAGAUUCUCAUAGGGUUUCUUGAAACACUAGAGGUUCAAUCCAUGUCAGUAUACCACCUUCAGUAUACAGAUCAUAUUAAAACUUCAAAAGCAGG